CAUGGACAUGCGGCAGAAAGUAAUUAGGAACGUUGCGGUGAUUGGCGCUGGCGCCAGUGGCGCGGCGGCUACUGCUGCUCUCAAAGCUGAAGAUUACUUCGACGACAUACAAGUGUUUGAACGGAAGGAAACACCGGGCGGGACGUGGAUUUACGACCCCGAUCCAGGAUGUCUUCCUAUCACGCCUGGAGCUCUGCCACCACAAGUUGACAAACCGUUGGCGAUCCCGAAGAGUCUUCCUACAACAACACCUCCUUCAACGCAGCAUCGCUAUGAUAAGACACCAAUCUAUGAGCAGCUGACAACGAACGUGCCCGAUGUGGCUAUGUCUUUCACUGACCUGCCAUUUGCAUACGGACCUUUCGUACCUCACUGGAUACCCAAACAGUAUCUUGAGAACUAUUUCUCGCAGCACCGCCUCGACCAGCAUCUUCGUCUCCUCACAACAGUCGAAGCAAUCACAGCUUUAGAGAAGAACAGAUGGCGACUGACUUUACGACGAUAUAAUGCAGCAAGUCAUGUCGACGAUUGGUGGCAAGACGAGUUCGAUGCAGUAGUCGUCGCGAAUGGUCACUAUUCUGUUCCUUUUGUCCCAUAUGUCUCCGGCAUCAACGAAUAUCGGGAGAAGUUUCCCCAUCGUAUAGUACAUUCCAAAGUCUUCAGAACAGCCAGAGAGUAUGCAAACCAAAGAGUCCUUGUCAUCGGGAACUCAGCCUCAGGAUACGACGUUGCACAUAUCCUCCUCACUUCCAAGUUGCUAAAAGGCCCACUCUACGUAUCUCGCCGAUCCCCAGGCCGAUGGGACGGCAAACAUCCACCAGAAGGCAUGCUCUGGAAACCCAUCAUUACCGAAUACAAGUCAGACGGCAGCAUCCUCUUCUCCGACGGAACCUCCCUCUCCGGAAUCGACAAAAUCAUUUAUUGCACAGGCUACCAACCCUCCUACCCAUUCUGGAACACAAAAUCCCACGGCCGAGACCUCUACGACUAUCAAAAUUCCCGCCUCAUAAACAACUUCCAACACACAUUCCUCCACGACUUCCCAACCCUAGCAUUCAUCGGCGUCCCACGAGUCCUCACAUUCCGCUCUUUCGAAUAUCAAGCUGUAGCAAUCGCGAGAUUUUGGUCUGGACGGAACUCGAAACCUAUGCCUUCGAUCACGGAGCAAAAGGUUUGGGAGGAGAGGAGAGCGGGGGAGGGGAAACGUUUUCAUCAGUUGGAGUGGGGGAAUGGUGAGACUAUGGAUUGGUUUCGAUGGUUGUAUGAGUUUGCUGGGUUGCCGCGUAUUGAGGGGAAUGGGAGGUGUCCGCCUGUGCUUGGGGAGAGGACGAGGUGGGCGAUUGAACAUGUUAGGAAGUAUCCUGAGGGUGGAGAGCAGGCUGUGGUUGAGGAUGAGGAGGCGGAUUGGACGAUUGUAAGGCGGGAGAGGAAUGAUGCGCUGUGGUUCUUGUAGAAGGGUAGACUUGUGGUGAAUUAGAGGGCGUCGCCGUGGAGUGUCGGGUUUAGCAGCUCAUGUAUGUAAAGGACUCCUGUUUCUCGCAACUUCUGAUAGAGUUGGGAAAGAAAGCCUGGCCAGGGGCUUGAGUG